UCGGCCGCCUCAGAGCUGGCCCUUAGCAACCGACUUGGCGACGAUCUCUUUGGCUGCUCCGGGCCCCCGCAGGCUAGUCUUUCCAACUCUCUAGUGCGGGGGCCAGACCGGGUUAAGAACCGAGGGGACGCAGAGCAUCCCCCGCGAAGGCUGCAGGAGUACUAAGCAUGGAUGGCAGCCGGAGAGAGAGGGUUUCUCUGUGUAACAGCUCUGGCUGUCCUGGAACUUUCUUUAUAGACCAGGCUGGCCUUGAACUCACAGAUCCACCUGCCUCUGUCUCCUGAGUGCUGAGAUUAAAGUCAGAGCAACCUCUGUCCUCCCCAGAUACAGUCCACCAUGCCUAUUUACAGGACACUUGAGCACCAAGAGCAAUGCUUUUUGCACUGACUCCUCUUCUCUCAGACUAACCACUCUCCAGCUGGUCAAGAAUCACAUGGCUGUUCACUAUAAUAAAAUCCUUUCAGCCAAAGCUGCAGUGGACUGCUCAAUUCCAUUAAGUGUGAAUGCCAGCAUCAAAUAUGCAGAUCAACAACGAAGAGAGAAACUGAAGAAAGAUUUAGCACGAUGUAAAAAGGAGCUUAAAUUAAGUAAACCCACAAUGCAGAUCAGUUCUAAGAUGAAUUCCAAGUUCCUUUUUAACUCUCCUCAGAAGCCCUCAGGGGAACCACAAUGUCAGGGUGUGUUAAUAGAAGAAGUGACAAGGUACCCAUCAUUGUCGAAGUCAUUGGUCCCUUCUUCAGAUGAACUGCGUCUACAUCAUCCUGAACUGAAUAAAUUCCUCAUGAAUGGCACCCAGAGGCAUCCCAGCACCUCCCCCCUCAGCCUGGCUUCCACAGGAUCUGCACCCAGGAGCCCGUGCUGCAGCCACUGCUGCGACAGGAGGCCUAGGAGUGCCUUCCCAAGUGCGCACCGCUUCCAGCUCGCCAUCUCCAAGUCCCCCAGUGGAGAUCUUUUGGAGAAGCACUCAGACUUCUUCUCUAACAAGCAGCUGCCAUUCACCCCACGCACUUUAAAAACAGAAGCGAAGUCCUUCCUGUCACAGUACCGCUACUACACACCUGCCAGAAGAAGGAAGGGUUUUCCAGUUGGGCGGGCGGAAGCUGAAACCCAGACUGAACUAAGCAGCUUUAAUUCUGAGUUUGGGACAGCUGAGACAAAGAACUCCGAGGACUCAGAAGUGAACAUAAAGCAGGAUCAGACAAGACGGGGGCACUUUCAGGGUGGUGUGGCUAACCAGGCAUGGUGGCACACACCUUUAAUCCCAGCACUUGGAAGGCAGAAACAGGUGAUCUCUGCAAAUGGUGCUGAGGACAAAAACCGUCCUUUACCUUCACAAGGACAAAACUUAGGAUGGGACAGGAUUAAAGAUGGCACUCUGCAGCAUUCCUCCCAAAAGACGCUCUGUGAGCUCUCUACACAGCUUUCUUCAGACAGCAAAAUCUACCCUGAUGAAGAGGAGCUGCUCUACCUGGACUUCAUGGAAAAUGUGACAGAUGAAAUUUUGAAACUUGGUUUAUUUUCCAACAGGUUUUUAGAACGACUGUUUGAACGACAUAUAAAACAAAAUAUACAUCAUUUGGAGGAGGGGAAAAUGCGCUACCUGCUACAUGGCCUGAAGGUUGACUUAGGCUGCAUAUCUGAGGAAGAGCCAGCAAAGCAGAGCGAUUUCAGAAUGUUGAAUCAACUUGAUUUUCAAAAGGCUCUGAUUUCAAAACCAAAUGAAGGUACCAGUAAUGAUGAUUCAGUAAUUGACCAAGAGCGUCAGCAGUUCCAGGAGGCUCUGGACAUGCUGUCAUCUAUGCCGCAGGAUGAAAACAAGCUGUUCUCUUUACCGGGUGAAUUCCUAAUACCUGUCCGUAAAUUCAAGGAUUCCGAAAAUGUUAUAGUUCAACAGGUCAACGAUGAGACAGAUCUUAAGGCCUCAGCCUUGGAUGAAAACAAUCCAAGUAUUUCUGACAGGUUAAUAGACCAGGACACCUCUGUGGAUGUCAUUGAAGGUGACAGUGACUCUGAAAGUGUUGAGACUUCCAGGGAAUUAUGUUGUCUUGGCACAGUACUGUCCCCAUCUGUUCAGUUCCCUAGCAUCAAAGAUGGCAGUAAUCAUGACAAGCAAUUACCGACUCUAAAAAUCAUGGAAAUGGGCAUUGAAGACUAAGCUUUGGAUCUUCACUAAUAAAUACUCCAUGUGGCCAGUAACUCAAUAUUACUUUUCUUGUUUUCCUUUUUUACAUAUUAAGAUUUCUGUAUUUUCAAUGCUGUAUAAUAAAUUACCAUAAAUUUAGCAUCUUGAAACACCACAUA